AAUCACAUCAGAAGCGAUUUGCUGCGACGUGUAAAAGGCGAUUUCUGGAGUGCUCAUCAUCCGCUAUGCCCACCCCCACUCUGAUUUAGGUUCCCAGGGGCCCCAGUCCUACGUCCAGCACAGACAUGAUGCCAUCCGAUAAUCCAGAACAUCGGACGAUCCGGCGCCCGUCGGUCCCCUUGAUGCCGCCUGUGCGCCCCCCUCUUCCCAGCCUGCAGGCCGCCGCCCCUCUCCUGUCUGUCAGAGGCUGGGCGGUGUCAGGCCUCCGCCAAAUGAGCCAAUCCCCGGACUUUCCUGCAGGCGGCUGCCGGGCAUCAUGAGAGGCUGGCGGCUGGCAUAGGGCGGGAGACUCCGGCCAGCGGCAUGGAGAGAGCGGAGGUUAGAAGGCGCUGUCUGCCCGGGUGCUCGGAUCUCCAGAAGAUAAGACGCUCACCUUCCGCGGUGACCCCACAAACUCCCUCCCUGCCCGUCUGCCGGCGCGUAUCCGAGAGAUUGUUACCAGGAACUUAAGCCCGCCACCCGGCCCCGGUCUCCCGGCAGACAUGUCGUCGCUUCUUUCUCUGCAAGAGGAAAACCGUAUCCUGCAACAAGAGCUGUCGCGGGUGGAGGAUCUCUUGGCGCAGAGUCGGGCGGAGAGGGAUGAGUUAGCCAUUAAAUACAACGCAAUAAGCGAGAGGCUGGAGCAAACCCUGCGGCUAGAAACCGGCGAGCGUGAGAGGGAUUCCCUGGAAACACGGAGCUUGGCGCAGCAGAAUGUUGAGCUGCGGCGGCGGCUGGAAGAGGAGCAGGCUGCGUACAAGCGGAAACUGCAGGCCUAUCAGGAGGGACAGCAGCGGCAGGCGCAGCUUGUGCAGAAGCUCCAGGCCAAGGUCCUGCAGUACAAGAAGCGGUGUGGAGAGGUGGAGCAGCAGCUUCUGGAACGUUCCACGCAACUGGAACAGGAACGUCUCAGCAGCCGCCUGGAGAUGACCGACUCGCGGCUGAGACAGGAGGAGGAGACCAGCAACGAACUAGAGAACGCUCUGAUCCGAUUGGAGGAGGAACAGCAGAGGAGCGCCAGCCUCACCCAGGUGAACGUCAUGCUGAGAGAGCAACUGGACCAGGCCAACUCUGCCAACCAGGCGCUGAGCGAGGACCUGCGCAAGCUGACAGCCGACUGGACCAGAGCCCGCGACGAGCUGGAGCAGAAAGAGAGCGAGUGGCGGCGCGAGGAGGAGUCCUUUAACACGUACUUCAGCAACGAGCACAGCCGCCUGUUGUCUCUGUGGAGACAGGUGGUCGGCUUCAGGAGACAUUUCAGCGAGAUGAAGACAAUGACGGAGAGAGACCUCUCGGUGAUGCAGAAGGAGCUGUCACAGUCCUGCCGCUCGCUGCACGCCUCCUGCCUGAAUGUCAGCAGCUCCCUCCGCCUGGCCGAGAACAGCGGCGUGGUGGCGGUGGAGAGACAGGCGCUGCAGCUCGCCCAACUGGACGAGCAGCUGAAAGACAAAGUGCGAGAAAUGAUCCAGUUACAAGCCGCGUACGACGCAGAGAAAGCAGAGCUCAGCGCCAGGGCGGCAGAGCUAAGUAAGGCUCUUGAGCGGCUGCAGAGCGAGAACAUGGACAAGGAGCUGCAGAUCAGACGGCUGCAAGAACAGGAGAAGAAUCAGAUGGAGGAGCGGGUGACGCUGGUAGGAGAAGAGGUGGAAGCUCUGAAGUCUGAGAGGGAGAUUCUCCAGGAAACCCUCCGGGAGCUCACACAGGCGGUCCUAAGUGAUGCAGACAGCGGUCUUCAGCUUUCCACCAGUGAUAAGACAUUCGAGCUUCCAGACAGUGAGGGUCCGGGGCUCAGCCUCAGAGGCCUCUCCAGCAGCCUGCGUACAUCUUCUCCUAUCCGCCGCCCCUCUCCACAUCGCAGUGCCUCCCCUAGACGUAGCCUGUCUCCAGCUUUCCGUGACUCCGCACUCUCAGCCGUGCAAUCUGCUCUCCAGAGGAGACAGCUACAGGUCCAGGAGCUGCGGGGGCGGCUGGAUGCCGGACAAGAGACGGUGGGCACUCUACGCAAACAACUGAGCGACAGCGAGAACGAUCGCUGGGUUCUAGAGCAGAAAAUAAGUCAAUUGCAGCAAGAUCUAGACACGUCCUCUAUGACCAAAGACGAUGCGGAGCUGACCAUCACUAGACUUCGUGGAAGCUUAGAGCAGCUGAACAGCGAGCGCGCCGUCCUGGAGCGCAAUGUCCAGAAUCUGCAGGAACAGCUGGAGGCUCAGCGUCAAGAGGCUGAAAAACUUCAGGUGGCGAACAGCGACCUUCAGCGUCAGAGGGACAUCUUACAGGAGGAGAAAGAUGACGCCUGCCAGGAUCGCGACAGAAUCCAGCGAGAGGUGGAGAGAGGGCACAAGAUCCAGGAGCAGCUGGAGGUGAAACUUUCUGCUCUCAGGAAGGAGCUGGUUGUGGUGAAAGAAUCUCUACAUCAAUCCAGCCUGGAGAAGGAAGUGUUGGAAGCAGAGAAGAUGGACAUAUCCCAUGCGCUCUCCAAGGCUGAAAUAAACCGGGCAGAGCUGGAGCUGUCGCUGAAUAGACAAAGGACAGAAGAAGCUUCACUUCGAGACGCAUUAUCUAAGAUGAGUGCAUUGAACGAGAGUCUGGCCCAGGACAAGAUGGAGCUCAACAGAGUCAUCGCUCAGCUGGAGCAGGAGCGGUCCUCCUUGCAGGGACAGAAGCAUGAAGUAGAGCAGGAAAAGACCUCCAUCAGGGAUGAACUGGUUCGUUUGGAGCAGGAAAAGCUGGAGCUGGACACAGAACGCUUUGGGCUGGAUAACUCCCUGCAGGCCAUGGAGCUGAGCAGAGAGAAACUACUUCUGGAGCUACAGUCACUGCGUAAAGAGAAGGGACAUCUACAAGAACAGCUGGGGCAGGUAACCCGUCAGAGGAACGGCCUGAGCGAGGACCUGCUGCAGAGCCGCAAGGAGGUAGAGCAGCAAAGCGAGAGUCUACUGCGUGCCUCCAGAGAGAAAGAGAUGCUAAUGAAAGACAAAGGCAGCCUAGUGGUACAGCUCACUGCGUCCGAGAGAGAGAACCGGGCGCAGUCAGAAGAGAUUGCCGCACUCAGGUCAGAGAAAGAGGCGCUGGAGACGGCACUGUUUGAUGUCCAGCAGCAACUAGUCCAAACGACUAACCGCAAAGAGCAGCUGGAGGGAGAAAACCAGAAUCUACGGCUGGCAAAGGAGGCAUUGCAAGCGGAGACCAGCUCUGUAAGGAGGCAGAUGGAGGCCGAGCUCGCUAAACUUGAGCGAGACAAGGAUUCUCUGAAUCAGCAACUGAUCCAUGUGGAGGAAGAAGCACAAAUCGCCCUAAAGAGCAAGCAGAAGGAUCACGAAGAAGAUAUGGAUAGGCUUCUGCAGGAGAAGGAGGACGUCCGUCUGGAACUGCAGUCGGAGAAAGAAGAGUUACUCCGCCGGCUGACGCAGGAGCGGGAGGAGCUGUUGGCACGAUACGAGAUGGAGCGGGAUGAGCUGAGCGAAGAGAUCGCGACUCUGCAGCAGGAGCGAGAUGACAGCUUGUUACAGGCAGAGAGCGAGAAGCAGCAGGCUUUAUCACUGAAGGAAUCAGAAAAAGCAUCUCUAAGUGAGAAGCUGAGCAACGCUCACCAUACAUUGGCCUCCCUCAACCUGGAGCUGGAGAGACACAAGCGGGAGAACCAGACAAGGCAAGAGCAGGACCGGAACACCAUCAUCUCUCUGAACUCUGAGCUCAAGAGUCUCCGGGUGCAGUAUGAAGAAUCACUGGCGUCUCAUGAGCGAGAGCUGAAAGGUCUCCACGAGCAAAUCCGAGAACUCGGAAAGCAGCGAGAGUCAGCGCUGCGGGAGCUAGAGGAGCUGAAGACUCAGCUGUGUGUCGUUGAGGACGCCAGGGACGCGGUGCGGCGGGAACUCAUCGAAGCUCAUCGACGUGUGCGGGAGAGCCACGAGGCAAUGGAGGUUCACAAGAAGGAAGUCCUGGACUUGCGGCGAUCUCUCAGUGAUGAGUCUAAAGAGAAGGAAGCCGUGCAGAGAUCUAACGAGGAGCUACGAGGAGCAGUGCGCCGGGCCGAGAGUGAGCGCAUCAGCUUGAAGCGUGCUAAUGAGGAGAAGGAGCAGAGACUUUCAGUGCUAGAAGAGUCUCGAGUGGCUUCGGAGAAGGAGACGGCAGAUCUGCGCAGCAACCUGAGAGAGGUGGAGCGGUCACGGCUGGAGGCACGGAGGGAACUGCAGGAUCUCCGCAGACAGCUGAAGGUCCUGGAUGAUGAGGGUGUGAAGCGCAGCCGAGAUCUGGCCGAGGUGCAGGCACGUCUUUCUCUUUGUGAACAGCGAGAAGAAGAGACGCGCAGAGACAGCUUCUCCCUGAAACAGAAGCUUGUGGAGACAGAGAGCGGCCGCGAAGCUGCCAGGAAAGAGCUCAGUGCCCUCCAGAGGAAGUUGUCUGAGGUCGAGAGUGACUUCAACCUCCGUGAGAAGGAGCUUCAGGGCAACUUGGAGGAAGCGCGAGGUAAUGAGAAGAAGCUGCUGGAUAAUACCCGCAACCUGGAGAUCAAGCUCCUCGCAUCACAGGAGGAGGCGGCGCAACUUGGUCUGAAACUGAGCGCCAGUGAGGGCCGCGUGCACGGACUGGAGGCUGAACUGUCCCGGCUCGAGGGGCAGAAGAGGGAGCUGGAGUUUAAACUCAGCAACUUGCACUCUGCUCUGAGGAGGACACUGGGAAUCGGCCGUGCCGGACGUACGCCAAGCCCAGCUGUACGAGGGCGCAGCGGCUCCCCCAAGAGGACGUUUUCACCACUGAAAGGAUUUGACAACACUUACACGACCACCACUGACGGACGCGGCAGCCCCAUUCCCCGCACAGGAAGUCCAGAGCGCAGUAAGACACCAGAGAGGGCGACGUCCCCCACACGAGGGGAGCAGCUCACUGCAGACAUUGACCCUGAGGUGAUUCGAGCCGCUCUGCGUGAUUUCCUUCAGGAACUGAGAGACACUCAAAGAGAAAGGGACGACCUGCGCACUCAGGUGGGGGCCACAUCACGGCAGCUGGUAGAGAUGGAGGCUGAGAAGGACGGAGCAACCACUCGGAUUCAACAGCUGCAGAAAGUGCUGUCAGAGAUCGAGGAAGGGAAGCGCGCCACUGAUGGGAAGCUCAGUAACGUGCAGACCACACUCAUCCUGCAGGAGGAAACCCUGCGACGCUGCGAGAGGGAGCGCAAGAUAGCGCUGGAGAAAGCUGCCAGCCUGGAACGUAGUCUGCAGGCAGCAGAGAACGAGCAUCGGGCGGCCCAGGAGAAAGUCAAUAAAAUGAAAGCGAAUGAAGCAAAACUUGAGAGCGACAAGCGACGUUUGAAGGAAGUGCUUGACGCUGCCGAAAAUCGCAACACUAAACUGGAGCUGUCCCGCAGAGGAUUGGAAGGCGAGCUGCAGAGGGUCAGGCUGGUGCUGGCUGAUCGAGAGGCUGAGAUACAAGAUAUGCAGCAGCGGAUAGAAGGGCUGCAGAGACAGCUUUCAGACAGUGAGGGGAAGGUGGGUGCGCUGCAGCUGUGUGUGGACCGCCUGAACACCACCCUGGGUAAGGUCCAGGACAGCGAGAACUCAUUGAAGGAGAAAGUGCAGAGCUUGUCCAGCGCCCUCUCCGAGAGCAACUCCAGCACCAGCUCCUCGCAAGAGAAGAUGGGACAACUGCAGAAGAUGUUGACCACCAGCGAGCACGAAAGACGCAUCCUGCAGGAGCGUUUGGAGGUGGCACGGCUCGCCGUGGCAGAUGGGAAGAAGCAGAACGCGGGAUUAAUUGAGCAGAUCCAGGAGCUGAGGGAUGAGGUGGCAGAGGGAGAACUUCGGCGCAUGGAGCUGGAAGGACAAGUCCGACAACUGCAGGAGCUUCUGCAACAGCGUCAAGAAUGUGAAGGUGUGUCUCUCCGUAACCUCAAGAAGCUGCAGGAAGAGAGAGACGUCCUCCAGGAGCGGCUGGCCGGGCUGCAGCGUGCAGUGGCUCAGUUAGAGGGGGAGAAACGGGAGGUGGAGCGCUCGUCCCUGCGCCUCGAGAAGGAUAAGAACGCACUGAAGAAAACACUGGACAAGGUAGAGCGAGAGAAGCUGAAGACAGCGGAGGACACGUUGCGUCUGUCUGCAGAGAGGGGUCGCUUGGAUCGGUCCCUGACUACGGUGGAGCAGGAGUUGGCGGAGGCCCAGAGACAGGUGCAGGCGCUGGAGGCUCAGAUCGCAGACAUGGAGCAGACACAUUCCCAGAGCCUGAUGGAGACGGCAGCGCGACAUCGGCAGGAGCUGCAGCUGGAAAUCGAGAGACUACGGAGUGCCCAAACCCAGGCCGAGCGCACACUGGACGCCCGGGAGAGGGCACACCGCCAGAGGAUCAGAGGCCUGGAGGAACAGAUUUCCACCUUGAAGGAACAGCUGCAGCAGGAACUGCGCCGGGGCCAGUCUCAUUACACUCCGCCGCUGCUCUCAGGGAAAUAACACGGAGACCCCCGCGCCGCUGCUCACACCCCUGGUGCUUCAUCGGGACCAAUACUUGUUGAUAUCUUCUUAUCGCUCUGAUCACAGCACUGACAACGAGGACUCUGAGGAUGAGAGUUGUACUUCUAUACAGAGGCACAUUUGCAGGGUCCUCUUUACACUGAAUGUAUUUUUUAUUUUUGGGGAGGGGGGUAUAAAACUGUGAAUUAAUCAGGGAGAGGCGGUGAUAUAAGACCAAACCUGAAGGACGCAGGAUCGGGGACUUAGAUUGGCAGAGGCUGUCUCCCCUGUGACGCACACGGAAAACAUUUGUAUACUUUUUUAAGUGGAGAAAAUAUCUAUUUUAAUAUUAAACGCACUAAAAAAAGGACGACGACAUCAUCAGCCGCCGCUCCGCUAUGGGAUCUGCAGCACCAAGGUCUGUGAGCCAAAUUACAUGGGGGACCUAACAGUCACCCUAUUAUGGGUACAUGGUAUUAGAGGACAGGUGCCGUCACCCUUUUGUAUUAGUACUUUUCUGACUUCGGGGGAACACAACAUGCCUUUGGGGUUUUGUACACUUUGUGCCACUGUGAUUAUUAUUGUGAUUUUAAUAAAAAAAAUAAUUAUAUAUAAUAAA